AUGGCCAGCACGAUGGGCUCGAAAGACGAACCAGUUGUCAGCACAAUCGUGAAAGAGAACGUGGAUGAGGUCGAGCUCGCCAGGAUGGGUUAUAAGCAGGAAUUGAGGCGGGAGCUCGGUCUACUGCAAAAUUUUGGUGUGUCGUUCUCGAUCAUCAGCGUCAUAACCGGGGUUAGCUCCCUCUUUCUGUAUGGUCUGACAACGGGGGGACCUGCGGUCAUGGUUUGGGGAUGGAUAGUCGUGGGCAAGUCGCAGACUAGCUAUGGCCGUGCUCAUCCAACUAGCGGUGGGCCCUAUUUCUGGGCGGCGAUGAUGUGUAAACCCGAACACGCUGCAUUUGCAUCCUGGAUAACCGGCUGGUUCAAUCUCCUGGGACAGGUAGCUGUGACGACUGGUAUCAGCUUCGCUUGUGCGACCUUCAUCUCGACGUUGGCGACCUUCAACACCGACUUCGUCCCCACUGCCAAAACGACGAUUGGAAUCUAUGCUGCCGUGCUCAUCAUGCAGGGCCUAAUCAAUACGUUUGGCGUUCACUUACUCCGUUAUCUGAAUAACAUAUCCGUGUGGUGGCACGCGCUCGGGACGACAGCGCUCGUUAUCGCCGUCCUAGCGAAGGCGCCAACGCAUCAGACGGGGCACUUUGUGUUCCAGACGUUCAUCGACGGCACUGGUGUUAACGGUGUAGGAUGGAGCGAGCGAGCUAGUCCUGCAUACGUCGUGAUUGUUGGUAUUCUUAUGGCGCAAUACACGCUGACUGUCGCAGGCUUUGACGCUAGCGCACAUAUGACAGAGGAAACACGCAACGCUGCGAUGUCAGGCCCUGUCGGUAUUGUGAUGGCCAUUGGAGUCUCUGCCGUUCUCGGAUGGUUCCUGCUACUGGGCUUGCUGUUCUCCAUUCAGGAUCUGGACAACACCAUUUCCUCCCCAACGGGCGAGCCUGUGGCGCAAAUCUUCCUAGAUACUGUAGGGGAGAAAGGCGCCAUUGUGCUCAUGGUAAUUGUUAUUGGCUCAAUGUUCUGGUGUGGAACGUUCUCCGUCACCUCAAAUAGUAGAAUGAUGUACGCCUUUGCGCGGGAUGGUGGCAUACCUGGCCACAAAUUCUUCCAAAAGGUCGACGUGAAGCGAAAGUCGCCCAUCAGAACAGUAUGGUUGGCAUGCACGCUCAGCUUUAUCCUGGGUCUGCCCAGUCUAGGGAGCUCAGUAGCAUUUUCUGCCGCGACGAGUAUAGCCACAAUCGGGCUUUACGUGUCAUAUGGUAUCCCCAUCGCUCUACGAGUCAUCUACCGGUCGCGGUUCGUCCGCGGGCCCUUUCAUCUAGGAGCGUUCUCCAGCCCCAUUGCCACGGGCGCAGUCCUGUGGAUAUGUUUUAUCUUUAUCGCAUUUAUCCUGCCGGAGGAGAACCCAGUGAACUCGCAGACAUUGAACUACGCGAUCGUUGCUGUGGGGAUUGUGGUGACUUACAGCCUCGGCUUCUGGGUGAUCAGCGCACGGAAAUGGUUUACCGGCCCUGUCAAGCAGAUUGCAGCGGAGGAAAUGGGAAUAGAUGUGAUGAACCCAGCAGAAAUAGAGAAGCAGAAUAGUAGUAAGGGCUCCGUGUGA